AUGUAAGAAGAUUUACUUCAACCUUCAGCAUUUUAGGUUACAUUGCGUUGUAAAGACCAUAAAUAAGGAUUAAUUGUUAAAGGAUGUGUAGAGAAGAAUUGUAAGCGAAAGAAAAUACUUCUUUGUUAAUAAUGCCUUAAUGAGGAUGCUCAUAUGGAACACAAUAAUAAUGUACUUGGGAUAAAAUAAUUUAUUGCUGAAUUUAGUUAGUCUAUUUAUUAGGCUACAUAAUAGAAUAAAACAUCAUUAGAAUAGUUUCUAAAUAAUGAUGAAAAUCUUAAAGUAUAUAAAUAUAUUCAAGAUAAUAAACAUCAUCUUAAAAAAGUGAAAGAUAAUAUUGAUACUUAAAAGACACUUGUUGCUUAGGAUAUGACAUUCAUUGUAGAGCAAUUCUAAUUGUAUUUAUAAUAAAUUAAAGAAAAUGUAUUUCGAAAAUUGGACUUAGUUUAUUCAGAAUAUGAAUCAUUAUUUGAAUAAACCAGAAAACAAUUUAAUUCUAAAUUCUUUGCAGCAGCAAAUUAUUUUUUGUCUACACCUAUGGCUCUGACUUGUAAAUUAGGAUAAUAGGGGGAUAAUUCAGAAGAAUAUCUAAGAAAAUUAAAAUUAAUAGAUAAUACUAGUUUAGAUAGUCUAUAGGAUUUAUUUACAAGAUUAUUAUUAGCUAAUGAAUCACCUAAGAUUUUUGAAUCAGAUUAAUAAAGAUUAUACUCAACAUUAUAAGAACCUUUAUAAAAUUAUUUUUUAGGUUGGUGUUCUAAUUAAGAUCGUUUACCUUAACCUCCUUAAUUAGUAUAAUAAUAUUCAAAUAAUUCAAAUAAUCUUUAAUUAAAUUAAGUAUUGAAUUCUCCAUAGUCAAAACCAAUAUUACGUGAAAAUUAUCAACUUUCAGAUUCUAUUGUUAUAAGUAAAUCUGGGAUAUAUUGUAAAUUCAGUAGAGCUUUAGAUCUUUCAAAAAAAGAAUGGCCUCAUAUAAAAUUGAAUAGAAAAUUUACUUUAGAUUUUACAAUUGGUGCUGUGAUUGGAUUAUCUAAAACAACAUUUGUUAUGAUUGGUUAAAAUGAUUUGAAAAUGAGAGUAUUUGAUUCUGAAAAGAAAUCAUUAUUGGCAUUUGAUGGACAUACUUAAUAAGUAAAUUGGAUAGAACCUUUAUCAGCAAAUACUUUCAUAACAGGAGCUGAUGAUGGUUAAGUAUAUUAUUGGAUUUUCUAAGGAUAAACUGCAAAAAUAUAGGAUUAAUAUACAUUUUCAAAUAAACCUAUAUUAGCAGGUUUAGAUUUAUAAAAUAAUUCAUUUGCAUUUGUAGAUUCUGAUGGAAGAUUGGGAUAUAAGAAUAUUACAACAAAAUUAGAAUUAUUUUUAACAGUUGGUAAUUCAAGAUUGUAAGGUAGAUUAAGAAAAUAUAAAAUGGCUUUGAUUAAACCUGGAGAAUUGUUUUGUGUAUAUGUGGCUGGAGAAUAAGGAGCAACUAUAAUAUAAGUAAAUGAGAAAGAGAAAUAAUUAAGAAAAGUGAAUGCAAAUACAUUGCCUUGCAGUUAAACAAUGAUACCAUUAUCAAUAAAUGAAAUGUUGAUUGCAUCUAGUAAUGGUGUGAAGAUAUGUAAUACAAAUAGAGAUGAUAUUUUAUAAGGUAAUGAUGUAGAUGUUGUAUUGAUGGAAUUUACACUUAGUUAAAUAAUGUAUGCUAUUUGUAUUCCAGUUGAAAUUGGUUAAUGUAUGUAAUAUAGGAUAUAAAAAAAGGAUAAUGGUUAAUAUGACAUACAAUAAAAAGAUUUAUCAUUUGAUGGUAUAACUUAUCUUUCAUCUAAGUAUGAUUUAUUAAUAUAAUUUCAGAUUAAAACCAAGAGUAUAAUUGAUUAAAAACUAAGAUAAAGUAAUAAUGGUAAUUGUGGAUUAGAAUAAAAUUAACUUCUUUGAUAUCACUAUGAAAUGA